AUGUCUACGCCAUUAUUGGCAUUAUUCGGACUCGUCCUUGGUUCCCUGAUUGUGUUGGGUCCCAAUUCAACGACAGCAUUCACCGUGAAGCUUCUCGGCAAUGACUACACUUUUGGAGAAGUAUAUGUCGAAAGUUUAGAUAAGAAAAACAGGACAUCUAUUCCGAAUUGGGACGAGGUCUUCCCGGAUCAUAAUGGAAAUGAAAGCAGCAGGGGAAAUGUCGAUUUACCUACUUCCGAUGAACUUUCCUUAGAUUUGCUAAGCCUCAGAGCACCGAUGACAAAUAAGGAAAUUGACGAUUAUCUAAUAAAAUAUGGCUACCUCAGACCAGCAGAGGAAGGCAUUGUUACAGAAGAAGAAAGAAAAGAAGCGAUAAAGAAAUUUCAACGUUUUGUUCAUCUAAAAGAGACCGGUAUUAUGGAUAAGAGCACGAUGAAACGAAUGCAAACAUCUCGGUGUGGAGUGUCUGAUCCUAUACUAAACACAAAAUUAGCAAACUUUGAUGCUUCAGAUGGUAGCAAAUGGUCCAAAAAGAAAUUAACAUACAGAAUUAUAAACUACACACCAGAUCUCCCGAAUACGGUUGUCAGGGAAACGGUGGCAAAAGCUUUUAAAUUUUGGUCAGAUGCUUCUCAACUGACAUUCACUGAAGUCUUGGAAGGGCCCUCGGAUUUAAAAGUGAGAUUUUCGGCUACAAUACAUGGCGAUGGUGCAGAUUUUGAUGGACCAGGUAAAGUCCUAGCUCAUGCUUUUUUUCCUGAAUCUGGUGAGAUUCACAUGGACGAAGCUGAAACCUGGACUGUCAAAUCGAUAUCAGGAGUCAAUUUACUCUUUGUACUGGUUCACGAAAUCGGCCACGCCCUUGGUCUUGGUCAUUCUGACAUCAACGAUGCAGUCAUGGCGCCUAUAUACACUGCAUACGAACCAAAUCUUGCACUCCAUAAAGAUGACAUCGAAGGCAUUCAAUAUUUAUAUGGAAAACCAAUAAGUGUAACACCGAAACCCACAACCAAAGCGCCGACCACCAAAGCACCAACCACUCAGGCUCCAACCACGAAAGCACCGACCACCAAAGCGCCGACCACUCAGGCUCCAACCACCAAAGCGCCGACCACUCAGGCUCCAACCACGAAAGCACUGACCACCAAAUCGCCGACCACUCAGGCUCCAACCACCAAAGCGCCGACCACUCAGGCACCCACCACCAAAGCUCCAACUACACAGGCCCCCACCACCAAGGCGCCAACUACUCAGGCUCCUACCACCAAAACUCCGACUACCAAAUCUCCUACCACUCAGGCUCCCACCACUCGUGCUCCGACUACAGUACCCACGACUACAAAAUAUUUACCGACGACUACACAUCCAAUACUUCCUAAACCGACACCACCCAAACGGAAAUUCAUUUGCCCUUUCAACUUCUGGGCCAUCAUGACAGCUGGUAAGAGAACAUAUGUUUUUCACAGAUACACUGUAUACCAAAUUUUACCAAAUGGCGGAAUCAUUAUGAAAGGGUAUAUUCCGUACUUUUUCCCCAGAGGACCAUACUUCGUAACUGCAGCUGCCUACAAUAAAGUAACGAGACGAACCUUUUUGUUCAGAAGAUUCUUUGUCUACCGGUAUACAGACCACUCGCUCGACCCUGGAUUUCCAAAAAGGCUCAAGUAUUAUAUCCGAGCUGCAGUUGUGGUUGAUAAUCAACUGAUUGCUUUCUCGUUCACACAUAUUCAUUAUCUUAAUGAAGACACGUUGGAAGACAUUGUUGAUGGUCAACUCAGCAUCAAGGAUGAAUAUCCGAACCUCCCAACACCUGUCAGAUCUGCUGUCUCCUAUGAUGAGGGAUACGCCUACAUAUUAUAUAGAUAUAAGGUUGUUAAACUGAAUAUACACACCGGAGAAAUGACGCAAGGUUCGUGUUACCAAAAGGUCUAA